ACCUGUGCCACUCUGCAGUGUCACACACCUGUGCCCAGAAGUGCCACCUACCUGUGCCCAGCAGUGCCACCCACCUGUGCCACCCACCAGUGCUGCCAUCAGUGCCGUCUAUCAGUACCCAUCAUCAGUGUCACCUAUCAGUGCCGCCUAUCAGUGCUGCAUAUUAGUGCCGCCUAUCCGUGCACCUCAUUAGUGCUGCCUAUCAGUGCCGCCUAUCCGUGCCACCUCAUUAGUACUGCCUAUCAGUGCCCAUCAGUGCCGCCUAUCAGUGCCCAUCAGUGCUGCCUCAUCAACGCACAUCAG